AUGGUCACCACAACCCCGACAGAACCUGCAAACAAGAGAAUGAAGCAAAGCGCGAUCAAGAGAUCAGAUGCCCACAGCUCUGACGGUAGAACUUCUGUGAACACCACUGAUGCAGUUGGUAUCAAGCAAAUCCCGAAGCGUCAUGCCCGCAAAGGCGAGGUCUUCAACAGAAAGCGCGCUUAUGUUGAAAGGGAUAAGCAAAAGAGAGAGAAACCCUAUCCGCCGGUGUCUGUUAACAAGGAUACUGGGUUCAUGAAAUCUGUCACAAUUGUGGGAGAGUUUGAGGGUGACUCCGACGGGCCCUCGAUAAUCGAGGCUCUGAGGACACGAUACGAAAAUUGGAUGACCGAGUCGACAAAAGACAAGCAGAGCGAACAUGAAGAGCUCUCUGGUCCUCCCCAUGUCAGUGCUGGUCCCUUCUCCGACGGAUCUCUCUUCCCAACCUCGAACUUACGCGCAGAAGAUUCCGCAGCACACAUCGAGUCUCAGCACACGCUUCCAUCCCCUGACACGCCGGUCCAAGCCCCCAUACCUGACGACGAGAAGAUCAUGCAAGAGAAGCAAAAGAGAUUGGCGUCUGAACUUGCCUAUGCACACGACUUCGCAAAGGGCAAGUCUCCACUUCGAUGCGCAUACUGUCAGAAGUGUUUCCUCAACAAACCCACCUGGAGUGGCCACCUCAAGUCAUGCGCUGCAUCGAUCUGCAAGGUUUGCGACAAGUCCUUCAGCGGCCAUCCGAAACGACACCACUAUGAGUAUGCGGUGUCCCAAUCCGAGAUCGACUCUUCUUUCGCCUUAUUGGCCCAGCUCUAUCCACUGCUUCCCGAUAAGCCUUCCGAGCUGUACAGUCUGCUAUGUACCAUGGGCGAGGCUCUGAAGAAUGCGAAGUCUGCAAUGCAGAGUCUUAAUGAUUUCAUCGAGCGCAAGCAGGUUGAGCUCCGAGCUGGAGCCCGCGCGGAUAGUGCAAGAAACGCCGACAAGAAACCCGUGGCUCUCUCUAUCGAGAUGGGAGCUGGCAGAGAACUCAAACAGGACUUUCUGAUCUUCGCCCACAGUUGGUUCAAAGAAAUCUCGUUCUCUUUGAAACCAUACUGGACCACCGAAGUGGUAAACAUCAUCAACACGCAUCAUCACCCGGCAAGCGAGCACCUCGGAUACCAGCGUACGCACAAGCAGUUGAUCGACAUCAUUUGCAAGAUCAACAUCAUUACUGGAAAAGUAACUGGUUGAAUGUCACUAGUCUCUACGCUCCUGAUCCACUCAUUCUGAUUGGUACCUACAGUCAGCACGUCCUCUGAGACUGCCCAAUCACUAUUCAAAAUCAUACCAGUAGAUAUUUUGGCACGAGAUUGCUAUCCCCCUCCUAUGCAGAAACCCUCAUACAAAAUUCGUCGGUGCGCAUGCCAUCCUUACAGUAUAACGACCAUAUUGCCCCCCCCCC